AUGAGUGAUUCAGGUAAUUGGUGCUUGAUCGAGAGUGAUCCAGGAGUCUUUAAUGAACUUAUGUAUGGGUUUGGCGUUGAUGGCCUUGAUUGCAUCGAAGUUUACGACACUCGCAAUACGGAUGCAUUUAGUGACGCUCUUGGUCUAAUUUUUUUAUUCAAAUGGGACGGGAACGGGUGGGACGCCUCGAAAUCGCUAGACUAUGCAGAGUCAGGUUCGAUUUUCUUUGCGAAACAGGUUAUUACAAAUGCCUGUGCUACUCAGGCUCUUAUCAAUGUCCUUUUCAAUUUGCCUCCCAAUUCGCUGAAGCUCGGUGAUACCUUAACCGAUUUCAAGUCAUUCGUUUCCGACUUCGAUAGUCAGAUGAAAGGUACUGCUCUGGCAAAUUGUGAUAAAUUACGUUUGGCGCACAAUAGUUUUGCCCGGCCACAAGUUUUUGAAAUUACCUUGAAUAAGCCGUGCAAACCCGAAGACAUCUAUCACUACGUUGGAUUUGUCCCCAUUAGCGGUGCAGUUUAUGAGUUAGAUGGAUUGGAACCACAUCCCAUUCGCGUUGCCUCCAUCCCUGAAGGCACAUCGUGGCUUGAUGUAAUCUUGCCAAUCAUCACCAAAAAGAUGAGUGAAUGUGUAGACGGUAGAUUUAAUCUAAUGGCCCUUGUACCCAGUCGCCUGCAGAUGUACGAAACUCGAGCAGCCGAAUACCUAACCAACCCACCGGAGGAUAAAAAUCUGAUCGACCAAAACGAGUACUGCAUCUUUGCAGAAAGGGCAAGAAUAGCUGAACAACGAAGUGAGAACAAUCGUCGACGUCACAACUACCUCCCUUUCAUCAUGGAAUUGCUCAAAGUUCUCGCUGAGAAGAACCUCCUCACAGACGUUGUACACCGUGCCAGAGAAAAAUCUCAAAGUGUUCAGACCUCCACUAAGGCCUGA